AUUCCAAAAGCUGAGGAAGUGAAGAACACACACACAGCAGGCCACCGUCAUUCGAUCCCUACGCGCACUAAUUUAUGACCUCUACGAUGAAGACAAGUCUUGCAAUCCAGUGCAUCGUUCUCCUGGUCUGCAUGGCCUUCUGCAAUUCACUAGUUAUUCCAAAGUGCCGGUGUUUGAAGAACAGUAAGAGGGUAAAUCGCUCUCUCAUCACUGAUGUACAGGUGUUUCGUCCUCGUCCAUACUGCAAUAAGACAGAAGUCAUUGUCACACUGAAGGAUGGGGCAAAACGGUGUCUCGAUCCUGAGGCAAACUCCACCAAAGCGGCGCUUCUGCAAAGAAUGUUUCCUUCACAGGAAGCAGAUGAGAAGUGGGCAUAAGAUGACUGUCAGCCCCCAAACAAGCACAGCGUCAGCCACAGCAUCAGCCACAGUACCAAAAUUAUUAUGAUGAAUUUUGCAUGUUUAGCACUGUUACGAUAAAAAUCACUUAAUAGGAAGGUGACUGUGACUGUGGAGGCCAUUUAAGUACAGUGAACUCACUGCCAUGUUCAAGAAACCCGAGAACAUUUGACCUUUGUGACAUGGAACGUGGUCCUGCUGGAAGCAGCCAUCAGAAGAUGGGUAGACUGUGGUCAUAAAGGGAUGGACAUGGCCAGCAACAAUAAACAAUGCUCAGUUGAUGGACUGGUUAAAUGUUUAAUAAGAAAAAAAAUAACUCUAUCAUGACCCCUGGUUUUUGAUUUCAUUAUCAUUCUAAUAUCUUCAGUAUUUGAGUUUUAGUUACUCUUUAUUAUGUGGUUAUCAUCAAACGUGGUUACUUCCAGCUUAAUUUUAAAUUGAAACUCUGAACAUAGCCUGCUUCUGAAAGGCUAUAUUCAGCCUGGGUUACCAUGGUGCUUUAUCCAGGUUAAGCUUGACACAGCUUGCUAACCAAUUGAUCUCACUUUGUAGUGCACCCCUCUGUUUCCCUUCUCUUGUGUGCUCCCUGUAUAUUUUGGAUUUUGAGUCAAUUCAUUGUGGACGUUUGUGUUCUGGGUUCUCUUUAUGGACUGAGUGUUUUUGGACUCCUCACUGACUGAAAUAAAGGCAGUUUUCUGUUCCCUUUGA